GUUAUAUCAGUUUAUGUUGUUACUGCUGUACUGUGUUAUGGCUGUAUGGGAUAUUUUAUUUAUUUGACCUUAUGAGCUAUGGUGCUACUAUCAAUCUAUCAUAAUUCAUACGGUACCUUAGUUAAAUUCGAGUGUGAUUUGUCUUAUCUUAUCUUUGCAUUUUAAUCAUACCCUUACUGCCGUAUGGUUUUAAUAUUUAUAACUUAGAUCUAUAACAUAAAAUUUUUAAUAAGUUCUGACAAAAUAUAAUACUGUAAUAGUGUAAUAUGAUUAUGUAUAUUGUUAUUUUUUCUGCACAUUCUGACGGGUCUCAUGUAGUUUUGUACCUAACGUACUUUUAGUGGGCAUAGAAUAAAAGUUAUUUGACAUGUCAAUCUUAACCCCCACCUAACUUCGCCAUCCGAAAAUUAUGUCAUAGAGCUUGCCAAAUAUACGUAAGAUCGCCUGAAACGGCAUAGGCGCCGGCGAUAAAAAGUGACUGACGUCAUCGAGCUCUCUCAUACAGUCAUAUUGGGAUCGCUGCUGAAAAAACCAAAGAAAUAGCUGUUCGAUUUCGGGUGCUCAUCUGCGCGUUAUGGAUGCCACUUCGUAUAGUUUGAAGGGCUCUAUUACGUCACUGUGGCGUUGUAGUGACGUAAUUUUUGAAUGGCGUAGUCAGGUGGGGGUUAGGAUUGACACAUGAAAAAAUUGUUAUGCUACACCCACUACUGCACUAGAAGUACGUUAGGUACGAAACUACAUGAGACCCAUUCUGACACUGACAAAAUCGCUGACGGCGGAAAGUGUCUAUUAUUCGAAAUUCAGUCGAAAAGUUAUUUGAAUACUUUUUUAUGGAUACAGUUUCGAUGGAUUUGGAGUUAGGUUUCAGGUUUAAGUAGAUAAUAUCCCACAUGUUAAACUUAAAUCUGGUACAUGACUUUGUGAAUAUACCGAUAAUAGCGCCGUAAUCACAGCGAGAGCUGCCAUCGGUUCGUUCGUGGCUGGAGCUGCCAUAAAGUGACUGUAUAGGUGUCAUUUUACGUUAUUGGUAAAAGUAAUGCUGGAUGGGCACACUUCAUCUUCAACCCCACAUGUUACUGGAGAUGAAAUGGUUGGUAGUGGUGCAAGAAGAAAAGUCUCUAGUCCAUUGCAUGCUCCAAUCAAUGAGGAUCAAUCCAAAACACACACGGCGGAAAAUAUAUCAGUGACGCCAUGGACAAUUUCUCAUUCAGCAAUACCAGGAAAUAAUUUCAAAAAACGUGAAAGGAGGCAUAUAUAUCAUGACAUUGUCCCCCUUAGAAAUGAUGAUAAAAAAAAUAUUCAUGAAGGAGCAGGUCAGAGCUCCAACACUGAAGCACAAGUUGGGAAUUGUUUGAAUUCUGAGUUGAAGUCCAACAAGUCAAUAAAGCCUGCUAUACCUCCUAAACCAAAAUAUAUUUUGCGUGAUAAACGACAAAGACAUGUUUAUCAGACUAUCGAUUUGCAGUCAAAACUAAAUGGAAGCAUUCCCCCACCACUGCCCAAUAAGCCUCCAAGAUUGCAGUAUUUUAAUAAGGAUGGUGUACCACCUCCACUACCUCCACGAGUCGUAAAUGAUGAAGCUGUAAAACAACGCUAUAAGCUUGAUCAGGAAUAUUUUGAAAAUUUACGCAAAAGUGUUGACGAACAUUUAUUGAAUCUGGCAGAGGCAGAUGAUCUUCCUGUACCUAUACAACACAAUAUUCCCUCUGGUAACACCCAUGACACUAGGCGACAUAAUUAUGGUGCACACAGUCCUCCUUUAACCAUCAAUCCUACUGAUUUGACAUUUGAUACAGCGCUUAGGCGACACUCGCUGCCUCUAUAUGAAUCUAUCCCAGAUGUGGACAGAAAUGCUACAGCACCACCAAUCCCGAAUAGACCUGUUGUUAGGACAUUUUCAAAUGAAAAUGAUACUGAAAACAAUGAUAUAAUUCCACAUGAGUUGCCUGUUGAAGCGGGAGUAAAUACCAACUUACCUCAUGCAAAAUUGGCAGAAAACUUAUUAUUGCUCAAAAAAUGUGGAUGGUAUUGGGGAAACAUGACAUGGCAAGAAGCCGAAGCUCUACUUACACAGAAGGAAGGCGAAGGAGUAUUUUUGAUGCGUGACAGCCAGAAUCCUCUCCAUCUUCUAACAAUCACUGUGCGUUCAACAACCAACACCGUACAUCAUAUUCGUGUAGAAUAUUGUGAAGGAAAAUUUCAACUCUAUGAACCUGGUCGUGCUGUAAGCCGAAGUGCCGCACAAUGUGUUCGCCACUCAAAUAUUGAACAGUUCAUCAAGCUGGCCGUAAAGCACUCUAUAUCAGGAAGUUUCUUGUAUUUCCUCAAACCAAAAAAUAUGGGCGAACCACCGGUGCAAAUAAGGUUAUUAACUCCGAUUUCGAGGAUGUCUAAAAUCAAGUCUCUCAAAUACAUGUGCAGAAUGACAAUAAGAAAUUGUGUUGUUGCGGAAUUGAUUCCUUCUAUUUCUGUUCCACCUAAAAUCCAACAGUACUUGAUGUCUGGACCGUACUAUGACACAGAUGAAGACCUCUGAAAUAAUUUGCUUUAACAACUGGAUUAUAGUAUGUGAAGAAUUAUGGUUUUGAGAAAUUGUUUCUGGAAUCAUAGAGCAAAAUCAGGAAUUUGGAAUGAUAUCUUCACCAACAGCUUCAGUGACAUACAGAUAGAAAAAAAUUUAAAUAUAUAAUUGAUUAUUACCCUGUUCAAAAUGUUCAUAUGAUUGGCCAAAGUGGCAUGUUCCUACUACUGCUCAUUUCCUUCUGCAUUUGUGCUAGUAGAUUAUUGUAAGCUUAUCUGAUGAAGUAAACCUUAGUAUUACAGACUAAAAUGUGUAGAAGUGUGAACCACAUAAAUACUGAAUAAAUGGUCAUGUUGUUUGACAUAGGUUAUGCAAACAAGCCUUCCAGUCUGAAACUAGGUUAUUCAGUCUGAUAGUUAAGCUAUAACAGCUGUAUUGAAUGACCCGACCCGUCUUUAGUUGACUUUCAGGAUAUAAUUUUACGGAAACAUUCAAAGUAGCAGUAGUUGAAUUUUGAUAUGGUAUCGGUACUAAGUAACCUAAUUAUUUAGAUUUUGACCAUUCAAAAUAAGGGUCAAAAUGCUCAAAAUUGUACUGCCAAUUCACAGUUUACAAUAAAUGAAAUCUUGUUUGCCUGUUGUUUUAAACGAAAUUUGUCACCACUAACGCCACUAAUACGAUGGAAAAUGAAUCUAAUUUAACUAUUUUUUAAUACAUUUUGAUGCAAUGUUGUCUUUAAAUAUACCUAGAUAUGUUUUGUAAUCUCAUUAUCCACAAAUUUAUAUUUGUUAUAUAUAUUUGUAUGUAUUCUUUUGUGUGCAAUAUUGGCAUUUUAAUUUGUCGUUUUCAGCAUUACUCAUCUGCUGCUAUAUAAGAGUUAAUGUUUCACAGUGUGUGGUUUGUUGAUUCUCACUAAUAAAUAUAUAUUGUGCAUCAA